CCGGAUAUCAAAUUAUAAAGUAUAUUUGGGCAUGUACCAGCUGGAUGUAACCAGCUCUCAUACAGUUGUUGCCAAUGUAAGGAAUAUCAUCGUCAAUAAUAAUUUUACAAGUGAUGGAGAUCCCGGGGACAUCGCCCUGAUACAGCUGGCCACACCUGUCACCUAUACUCAGUACAUCAUGCCAAUCUGUCUGCCAUCUUCCACCACCACCUUCCCCUGUGGUACGGAGUGCUGGGUGACUGGAUGGGGUACAAGAUAUUCUGGAGGGAGCCUAGUUAGGAAUGGGAUCCUCCAGGAGGUUAUGGUUCCUUUAAUUGACCGCAAUACAUGUCAAACAUAUUACAAUGUGGGAAGUUCCUACCGCAUCCAGUAUGAUCAGAUCUGUGCCGGCUACAAGGAUGGGGGAAAGGACUCCUGCCAGGGGGACUCGGGAGGACCUCUGGUGUGUAAGGUCCAGGGCGUAUGGUACCAGGUUGGAGUUGUGAGCUGGGGAAUAGGAUGUGCAGAACUGAACUACCCCGGGGUGUACACACUGGUGACAAGCUACCAAACCUGGAUCAGCACCUACCUGAACGUUGCAUUCAAUUAUGUGUCAAAUAUCCCGACACCAACAAGGACAUGUGGAGGAAACUACAUCAACUCAGGCUCCGUAGGAAGCACUUUCUAUCCAAACAACAGCGUUCCAUUAUCAACAAUGCCAUCUAACGUGUGCGGUUCCCCCUCCGUGUCCGAUCGGAUAGUUGGUGGUACAAGUUCCACAAAUGGGCAGUGGCCCUGGCAGGUCGCUCUUAUAGAUAAUGAAUUAGAAGGAGAAUAUUUAUGUGGGGGCUCCCUGAUCUCCCCGGAGUGGGUUAUGACGGCAGCACAUUGCAUCCACAAACCUAUCCGGGUAUCGAAUUAUAAAGUAUAUUUGGGCCUGUACCGGCUGGAUGCGGCCAGCUCUCAUACAGUUAUUGCCGAUGUAAGAUCUAUCAUUGUCAAUAGUAAUUAUAUAGACACUACAAGCCCUGGAGACAUUGCCCUGAUACAGCUGGCCACACCCGUCAACUAUACUCAGUACAUCAUGCCAAUCUGUCUGCCAUCUUCCACCACCACCUUCCCCUGUGGUACGGAGUGCUGGGUGACCGGCUGGGGUGCAAGAUAUUCUGGAGGAAGUGCGGUGUCCUAUGGGAUCCUCCAGGAGGUCAUGGUUCCUCUAAUAGACCGCUAUACAUGUCAAAAAAUGUAUAACAAUGGAGGAGGUGACAUCACCGUCCAGUAUGAUCAGAUCUGUGCCGGCUACAAGGAAGGGGGGAAAGACUCCUGCCAGGGGGACUCAGGAGGACCUCUGGUGUGUAAGGUCCGGGGCGUAUGGUACCAGGUUGGAGUUGUGAGUUCAGGAAUAGGCUGCGCCUACCCCAACUACCCCGGGGUGUACACACAGGUGACGACCUACCAAGCCUGGAUCAGCUCCUAUCUCAACGUUCCAUUCAAUGAUGUGUCAAAUAUCCCGAAACCAACGAGGGUAUGUGGAGGAAGUCCUUUACUUACAUCCAGCUUCUCACACCAUCGCUGGGUGAUCCUGGUCCCAACUAUUCUUCUGCUGACACUCAUAUAAUAACCAUAAAACCGCCAUCUCUGCUGACCUAGACAGGCGUGGAGAUCGUUCACUUUGCACAGAACACCAAACCGCAUGGAAGGAAGAAUACAAGAAAGGUGUUUGCACUCACACGUGAUUGGAUGUGUUAAGGAAAUAGGAUGGACUAAGUAAAAAAAAAAAAUCACUUUACAAAAUGAGCAUGUCCUACUUCUUUAAUAAAUCGCCCACACUGUUUUCUAUUGCCAACAUUUAAAGAAGAAUUUAAGUUUUAUGAAAAUAUGGAGGUAUUUGUUAAAACUGAGGAGCUCCUUAUAGCCUAUCCAAAGUCAAGGACAACAAUUGAAAUGAGCAGUUCUUAGAUGUGGUGGCUACAUUAGGGUUGGGUGUUAGGACAACAGAACGCCUCUCUCUCUCUCUCUCAUCGCGUUCACUGGCCGGGGGGGCAGGGUUGUCAACUUUCAGUAAAUUUACAAACAGCUUGUAAAAUCCAUAAUUGUUGCGUCUGUCCAUGGACGUCAAUUAUUGACAUGCAGCCUACAUGACUGUAAUGGAAAUUCAAGGACAGAUACAAAAAGUACGGAUUUUACAAACUGUUUGUAAAUUUACUGAAAGUUGGCAAACCUGAGGGGGGGGCCUCUGUAGUCUAUUUGACUUGAGAUGCAAGUUCAAAACAAGCAGACUGCACAAGAAUUUAGGAGAUCACUGGAUUUUUGCCAGAUUGAUAUGUUUCAUUAGGUCUCUCUAAGACCCCGUACACACGAGAGGAUAUCCGCUGGAAACGGUCCGCCGGACCGUUUCCAGCGGAUAUAUCCUCUGGC